UAAUGUGCUAUCAAGUAAGGUGAACACUGUGAGCGUCGAAUUUACCAUAGAUGGUAAAGAUUGGUGCGUCGAUUUUCAAUAUUUCGAAAAUUUUGAAAGUUUUGCAAAUUUAGUAAAUUUUGAAAAAAGGGUAAAACAACAAAAUUUUGAAAAACGACAAAAUUUUGAAAAAAAA